AUGGGCGCCGCCGUGCCGCUGGGCUGCGCCGCCGCCGCGCUCGGGCCCGCGGCCGCGCUCGUGCUGCUGACCGUGGCGGCGGAGCCGCUGCUGCUCGUCGUGCUGGUGGCGGGGGCGUUUUUCUGGCUGCUGGCGCUGCUGGCGGCCUCGCUGCUCCGGUCCGUGUGGGUGCGGCUCAGCGGGCGGGAGGACGCGGCGCUGCUGCCGCUCGCCGCCGCCGCCGUGCUGCUGCAGGAGCUCUGCAGGUUCGCCUGCUUCAAAGCGCUCAAGAAGGCGGAUGAAGGGCUGGCGAUCCUCAGCGAGGAUGGCCGGUCCCCGAUCUCCCUGCGGCGGAUGGCUUACGUGUCUGGGCUCUCCUUCGGCAUCAUCAGUGGCGUCUUCUCCAUCAGCAACAUCCUGGCAGACUCUGCGGGGCCGGGCACCGUCGGGAUCCACGGGGACUCCCAGUACUACUUCAUCACCUCUGCCUUCCUCACCAUGGCCCUGGUACUGCUCCACACCUUUUGGGGCAUCAUCUUCUUUGACGCCUGCGAGCGGCGCCGCGCCGGGGGCGUGGGGCUGGUGGUGGGCAGCCACCUGCUCACCUCAGGGCUGACCUUCCUGAACCCGUGGUACGAGGCCAGCCUGGGCCCCAUCUUCAUCCUCACGCUCUGCACUGGCCUCUGGGCCUUCAGCACCGCUGGUGGCUCCUUCCGCAACGUCCUCAAGUGCCUCUCCUGUAAGCAGGAGCCUGAGGGCCAGGCCAUGCUCUGCUCAGCGCGGCAGGUGCCUCUUGAGGGGUGAGAGAGCCAUGGCCCCACAGCUGGACACUCCUGCCAAAGCCUUCACCCCUCCUGCUCCAGGGGAAUUUGUGUCUGUCCAGUUCCUGGGGGCUUUUGGGGUCUGACUGGUGCUCCUGGGGACUGUGGGGUCUGACCACCACCCUGUUCCCUUUGUUCCCAGAUUCUGUUGACAAACUUCCCCUCAGCUUGAGGCUCUGGGGAAGGCCAGGGUGGGCCAGAUGCCUUGGGGGAAGUCCAGACCUGGGGAAUUCAGGGCAGGACCCCCCCAUUUCCUCAUUUUUGUUGCUCUGGGGGGGUCCCUACCCUGGUGCAGGUACUGGUGAUAGGGGUGAUGCUCUGGGGGUGGGGGGCGCCAGGAUUGGGAUGCUCUGCCCUUCUUUCCCCUGUUCAGCUCCCAGGAGGGUUGGAGGUGCAGCGGGGAGUAAAUUAUUUUUUUGUAAAGAGUAAAACUGUUUUACAAAAGCACA